AUAAUGCUUUGGUUAAUGGACAUGCGUUUUCUCAAAGUUUAGGUUUAGGGUUUGGAACAGCGAAAAUUCUUGCGGACAAAUCUUCUAAUUAUCUGAAAGAAAUAGCGACAACAACAGCAGUUCUCCUUGAACCUAGAAAUCGUGGCAUAUUGGUUCUUGUAGCCGGUGAUGGAGACUAUGAACCUGUGUUGGAAGAAUUCCUGAAG